UCACGGCCCAACAUAAUGGGCUGCCGUCUGAACUGGCCUGGGCUUAUGCUCUGCUCAGUGAAGUCGCUAGUGUACACGUACGCACGCGCGCGCGCACACACACCGCCGCGGCGGAUAGAGUUUUCCUUCCAGAGGCGCACGCCGCGCCACGGCGAGGCACCCACCACCCACCACCGUCCACCGCAGCGCGCCAUGCUCUCCCUCCUCCCGCCAGCGCGGCUCCGCGCCGCGCCCUCCGACGCCCCCGUCGCCUCGCCGCGCCGCCCGGCCGUCAUCCUCCCAGGGCUCGGGAACAACACGGGCGACUACGAGCGGCUGGCCGCGGCGCUGCGGGACGGCCACGGCGUGCCGUCCGUCGUCGCGCGGGUGUCGCGCCCCGACUGGCUCCGCAACGCCGCCGGGCUCGCCGACCCCAGCUACUGGCGGGGCACCCUCCGCCCGCGCCCCGUCCUCGACUGGUACCUGAAACGAGUGGAGGAAGCGGUGUCCGAGGCCAGGGAGCUGUGCUCUCCAGAUGGGAAGCUAUCAUUGAUAGGGCAUUCAGCUGGAGGCUGGCUUGCACGCGUGUACAUGGAGGAAUUCGGGACUUCUGACAUAAGUUUGCUGCUCACGCUUGGCACUCCCCACCUGCCUCCUCCCAAAGGUGUUUCUGGCGUAAUUGACCAAACUAGAGGACUACUGAACUACGUCGAGAAGAAUUGUGCUCCUGCAGUUUACACACCAGAACUACGAUAUGUGUGCAUUGCUGGAAGGUACAUUCAGGGUGCUCCUUUAACUAGAAACUCCCUGGCUACUACCACAGAUGAGCUUGUCGCCGUGGACGCCCCAUCAGAAGUAGCUGAAGCAGUCAUGGCCAGUGCCGACAACAAAACCGCUCCGACAGGCCCCACCUUUCGGGCCCGUUUCGUGGGACAAGGCUACAAACAGGUUUGCGGCCGCGCUGACGUCUGGGGAGAUGGGGUCGUCCCCGAAGUGUCAGCGCACCUGGAGGGCGCACUGAAUAUAAGCUUCGACGGCAUUUACCAUUCUCCUGUAGGUUCUGAUGAUGAAGAGAGGCCCUGGUACGGCUCACCAGCAAUCCUAGAGCAAUGGGUGCACCAUCUCCUCAGCUAAUGCUACAGAAGCUUUACCAAUUCCAGAAGUUUGUCAUGCCCCUUUUCACUAGUAUAAAUAGCACGGCAUAGCAACAUAUACAGUAAAUCAUGUACAGAAGAUGCAGCUGUACUCUGUUCUCAUACCUUUCCAGAGUGCGUCUAGAUGUCUCAGGCGCCGGCGUUCCUUGUACCAUGUACUCAGCAAGAGUGUAACCUUGCUAAUCUAUCUAUAUGAAUUCCCAAUUCUCAAAAAAAGAAAAAGAAAAAAAGAUGCAGCCUGUGUCUGCACAAAGUUUA